CGCAUGCAAGGAUGACCGACUGUCUGUAUGACUGACUGUCUGACUGAUGAGGUGACUGACUUGAAUAGUUAUUAUAAAAGCUAAUAGCUGGACCUCAGCCUCAGAGGAGAGAGAGACAAGAAGAAAGACUCUUCAGCAUUCAUACCCUGGAUAUUCACCAAUUAUUUGACACACUGAAGUUCUGUGAAUAUGGUUCGUCCUUCCCGCCCCAGCGGUCACCGCCACUGUGACAGCUGUUUCAGCCAGUGCUGCAAGGCCCCUGUGGAGAUCUCGGUGUCAUGUGUGCUCAUCCCCUGCCGCCUACAGUGUGGCGCCCUCUUUCACCUGUGCAAAGAGGAGGAGCAUGCACUACUCUGCCCCAAUGAGAGGGUGCCGUGCUUAAACGCGGGCUUCGGCUGUCCAAUCAGCAUGCCCCGUUCCUGGCUGGCGGCCCACCUGCAGGUCUGUCCAGCCAGCGUGGUGUGCUGCUCCAUGGAGUGGAACCGCUGGCCAGCCGAGGACGCCCAGUCACACACACAUUCGGCCCUGCAGGAUAACCUAGUGAAGGAAGAGGAGAAGGGGGGAGGACACAGUGAGGCGCUGGACCUGGCCAUGGCUCUGAGAGAUCAGCACCAUUUGUUCCACUCCCUGAAGAUGAAGAAUCUCUUCCCUGAGCUGAUUGAGAGGGUGGAAGUGGAGGAGAGGGAAGAGCAGAGGAGAAGGGAGGGGAGGAGGAGGGAGAAGGAAGAGAAGGAGAGGGAGGCCCUGGAGGCACAGGGAGUGGAUGGAGGAUGCUCUUUCCCUAACAGGGUUGGCUGUGUGUCUCCUGCUAAUCGAGGAUGGUAUGGACCCCUACCUGAGGAUAUUCAGGAGGCGGUUAGGGAGAGGGACAGAGAGAGGGGGGAGGAGAGAGAGCUGACCCAGGAGGAGAGGGAGGAGCUGGCCAGGGGAAGGGUGGUAGGAUCAGAGGGCCCGGUGGCCUACGUCUGGGAGCGCAUGUUUAACAUGGAGAGGGGAGGCUGCAUGAUAGCUGAGGCUAACCAAGAGGCAGGGGCAAGGGGCAGAGGUCAGGGUCAAGCAUCAGGAGUUAGAGGUCAAGAGAUGGAGUCACAUCAAUCACAGACCCUGACCACCACAGGGACACACGCACUUAAUGACACACACACACACACAGACAAACGCCCCAACCCCCAGUGUGUGGCCUGUCUGGCCGGCACUAAGAAGAAACAGAUGUAUUACUACAGCCAGCUGGAGCCCAUGAAAAUCAACACAGUGAGGACCUUUAAGAUUCCCACCAGCUUCACGGCCAAACACACACGCAUCAGGAACCCAGGACACCGGAAGAGGGUGGAUACGGCCGUGGACACCAGCGACCUGGGGGUGGAGCCACAGGACAUGCCUAUCUGGGAGGAGGUGCAGGCCAGUCUGCUGUGUUCUCUGGAGAAGGAGCAGAGGGGUCACCUGAUCGCUGAGUCACAGUCCAGCGACGCCCUCCUGAGCGACACAGGGACGCAGACCUACGCCUUCCUGUCAGCUCCGUUCGGUCGUGACACUUCAUUGGCCAGUCUGACGGAGGACCGCCCCCUCCAGCUCCACCUCCAGCUGCAGGCGAAGGGUGUGACAGCCCGACACAACAAGUCUAGCUCCGCCUUCACCUUUCUCUGUGGACAAACCUUCCAACGCAGAGAGUUCCCCAAACACUUCAGGAACGUGCACACCGACAUACAGAUGUGUGCUAGUGGCUGGUUUGAGCAGAGGUGUCCCCUAGCCUACCUGGGCUGCACUUACAGCCAGAGGAGGUUCCAGCCCUCCACACACACUGCCACCGUCACCUACAACAAAGAGAUUAGUAGCUUCAGCCUGAGACCCACGGUCCCUGCCUCUCUAAAUGAGGAACCCCAAUACUCCAAGUCCCAGCCUGCUCCAGAACCAGUCUCAAACCUCAGGAGGCGAAGGUCGAGGGGUGGAGGUGGAGGGGACCAGGACUCUCUGAGCACUCUGCCCUACGAGGUGCUGUACCACAUGGCCAGCUUUCUGGACAGCCUUUCCCUGUCCCAACUGGCCCUGGUGUCCCACCUCAUGAGGGAGGUGUGUUCCUCUCUGCUGCACGACAGGGGGAUGGUCUCCCUCCUCUGGGAGAAGAAGACCUAUAAGACUGGCAUGGCCAAGUGGAAGGCCAAGAAGGUGGUGUGGCAGUUCAGUACUCUGUUCUCUCCAGUAGAAGCAUGGUGUUUUGACAACAAUGUACCCUCCAUGUCAGACCACCUGAAGGUGUGCCCUUACUACGAGAUGGAGCCCAGGACCGAGCGUGUGCUCCUGCCUCACAUUGUCAACAACAAAAUGAACACAGACACACAAAGCAACAGCAAAAGUCUGGUCACCUUGUUCCAGAAGAAUAUUUGAAUAGUGUUUCAUAAGAUUUAAUAGUGGUUCAUAAGCUUUCAAUAGUAGUUCAUAAGGUUUGAAUAGUGGUUCAUUUGUGCUGCACUUACAAUCCUCUACCCUGAGUGCCAGUCUGUUUGUGUCAUCAUCCUUGUCACUCAUUGUCAUGCCAAACAUGUAUGGCUUGACAAUAACAGCAAUAGAGUUGGCAAGAGCUUAAACAUAUCUGGGACCAAGUUAGCGAUCUACUUAAAGAGCCACUGAACAUGCUGAUUGGCAUGUGUGUUUUUCUGUUGCUCAUUAGAAAAAUUUGAUUUCAGUCUUGGAAGUGCGUUUCCUGACCGAUUCUGCACUUUGUUAAGGAUGUUUGUCCCCCAUUACACACUGCGGAAGCCUAUUUCACUUCCUCAAAAUCCCCAGAAUAAAUCGAAGAUAACUCAAGAAAUCUGUAAUACAUUUUGACAUUUUUGCUAAGGAUGAUUUAGUUGCGCAAUUCUACAUCUAACUAAGAUGUUUGGUGCAGUAUUUCUCAAGUUAAAAAAAAUGUGCAACGUGUUGUCUUGUGUAAACAAAGUCUGAGCAGCUGGGCAGAUCUGUCUCAUAGUCUAUGCUAUUGUAUAGAGAGCAAUCACCGCAGCUGUUCACCCCAUGUUAGUGGGCAAAUUGACAUCUUCAAAUCAAAACCAAACCUUUAUUAAUUUACCCGUGGUGAAGCACAGAUGUUCCAAACCGUCAGACUGGGAGUGCAACUGGUCAACUGGAGUCAGGUGCAGGAGAGCAGAGAUGAGUGAACAGGCACACUUUAAUUGGCAGAAGCACAUCAGUUGGAUGCAACAGCGUCACAACACUCCAGCCAAAAGGCAAAAGCGAAUAGAGCACAAAUAAUGAACAACAAUACAAUAACACAGGUUCAAAACAAUACCCGGAAAAACCCAGCCUGCCACGUCACACAAUAAACGUAAUGAACAAUUACACACACAGACAUGGGGGGAACAGAGGAUAAUAUACACGUAGAGUGAUGGGGGAUGUAAACCAGAUGUGCGGAAAAACAAGACAAAACAAAUGGAAAAUGAAAGGUAGAGCGGCGAUGGCUAGAAGACCGGUGACGUCGACCGCCGAGCGCCGCCUGAACAAGGAAAGGAGCCGACUUCGGCGGGAGUCGUGACACAAACUCCGUUUUAGAGUACAGCACACAUUUUCUUGUAACCCUGGACAAAAACACUUUUCUACCCUGCUAGAACUGCCCCGGUCAACUGUAAUUGCUGUUUUUGUAUUUUACUUAAUUUAAUAUUUUUUUAAC